AGGCCUUGGACCCAGCUACUCGGGGUCAAGAGACCCCAAGCACCGUCCCCCGAGACGGCGCGGCACCCGGCGCAUGUGACGAGACGCCCGAGAAGACGCUGCAGAAACCGGGCUCGCUGCAGAAACUGCUCGAAGCGGCGUGGGCUGGGGAACAGGUGCUGCAAAGCAAGGUGUCUGAUCUGCAAGAGCAGAAUCUUCCGGAAGCGGCUGCUCUGAUGCUCGAAAAGAUGGUCACCGAGAUGGACGUCCUGACGCAUCUCCUGGAGUCCAUCGAGCAGCGCCUCGCUGCGUCGGAGGCCUCCACCGCAGAGCUGCGGCAGCUGCUGGCGCGGCAAGCGCCGGCGCCGGAACCGUGAACAGCGGCGGUUCGCACGGUGGAAGAACGGGGGAAAACUGCUGGAAACCCAUGGGGAAUCCAUGUAAUAUGUGGUGAAAAUCGAAGACUAUGACGAAGAUCUGGUGCCGACUGGUGAAACUUGGAAGAUCUUGGAAGAUAUUGCAAGAACAACUGGAAAAUGUUGAGAAAACUAAUUUUUCGGACCUUUGGAGCUGAAUUGUUUGUUGUUUUGUUGGUUGGAGAAUGGAUGAAAUUUGGCCCUGCCAACUGUCCAGCUUGCUGUCAAGCUGGUAGAUGACCCGGGGAGUGCAGCCCAAGGUGAAUAUGAGGGAUGACGGCCUGAUAUUUCAAGAUAUUUCAAGCGCUUAAGUGGGGUAUUUCUUGGUUGUUU